GGAGAGAGGAGAGAAAUAAAAACAGCACAAGAGGACAGCAGGCAGCACGGAGGAAAAAAUCCCUCUGAGGUUCCACCAUGUUCCUGCAGACUGUCUCCAUCCUCUUCCUCUCGGCCGUCCUCUUCGGCUGCCUGGAAGGGAAGGGUGUGCAAAUGCAGCGAGAUGUUCAGUGCUGCAUGCAGUACUCUCACGGCAAAGUCCGGACCAAAGAUGUCCUGAGGUAUGAGAGGCAGACGGAGGGGCCGGAUUGCAGCAUAAGAGCCAUCAUAUUGUACACCAAAAAGGCGGUGAAGUGCGCUGAUCCAAGGGACAGGAAGGUGAAGAGGUUACUACGGAAACUGAACCAGAGGCUGGGAGCCAAAGCCCGCAGGACCAUGUGGCUACAUCCGCAUAUGAAUCUGCCCGUCAUGUCGGAGGUCGCUGUUGUUAACUCCCAAAAGAUGAACAAGACCAAGUGAAUGUUGAAGGAAGACAGGUGAUUCAUGAAACUCCAGCCUUCUCGCGUGUCACUGUUUUCUUAUAUGUUCUUAUAAGAAAAUACAUGUAGACUCAUAGCAUUCACUACCAAACAGUAUGUUAUCCAGAUAUAUUGUGAUAUUUAGAUGUCCUCUCAAAUGACUGUUAAUCUAUAUGCCAAAGUAUUCUUCUCUGAGACUUGUCAAAGGUUGUUUAUAAUCUCUGCAGCUAUGUAUAGUCUCUAUAACUUAUACAAGCUCUUCUAUAGAGUCCAGUAAGCUGGUAUGACUGUUCUCGAUCAAUUUAUAGUGCAAUUACAGAUUAUCUUGUGUAUGUUAAAGCACAACUAAUUUUUAUAUAUAAAAAUAAAUGAAAAUAGUGAGUAUGAUUUUGUUUUUUAUUAAAACUACUAAACCGCGUUUUUCGCCAGGGUAAAAGUAGGCCACGUUUCACGCCGGUAAUUUAGAAGCUGGGUUAUCUCAGCUUUUUACCCGGGUUAUGAAAGCCUGCUCCGAAGAAGGGUUAAAAGCGCUUUUGCGCAGUGUUUGAAUUGCGUUAAAGCUCUUGGGGUUAACCAGAACCCACCCCCCCCACACAAAAAAGUUCACAGCAGUGACAGAAAUUAAUCUUUUCCAACAAGUUUAAAGUGAUUUUUACCUUUUAUGGGCAUUUCAAAGCCUUUUGUUUUUCUAGAAGUGUGCAUUAUUUUGCGUCAAAUUCUUAUAUUUAAUCAAUAAAGUCAAUUAGAAUAAUAAAACAUUUGGGGCUGUUACCAAACAAAUAAAAUCAUUAUCAACAAAAUUCAUCUUUGCAAUGCAGAGGAAAC